UUAUUUAACAAAUUGUUUUAUUUCAAAUUAAUCAACUGUUGGAUGAAAAAAUACAAAAGCAAUGAACAAAUAUAUAAUUCUACGUAAAGUUUUGACAGCUUGCAAGAUAUUGGGUAUAAAUGCAAUGUUUUAAACGUCUUUAAACACACCUAAGCUGAACUGGAGUGAUUAAUUUAUUCACUAUGUCUAGUAUUCCAACAGCUACUUUUUAUAAUGGAAAUAAAAUCCCAAUGCUCGGAUUGGGGACAUGGAGAGCACUUCCUGGCUUGGUAAGACAAGCAGUAAAAGACGCUAUAGACGUCGGGUACCGUCACUUCGACUGUGCUCUGGUUUACGGAAAUGAAAAAGAGAUCGGUGAUGCCAUACGAACUAAGAUAGAAGAAGGAGUUGUCAAACGCGAGGAUUUGUUUAUAACAUCAAAGCUGUGGAACACUUACCACAAAACUGAGUCAGUAGAAAAAGGAAUCAGAAAAAGUUUAACUAAUUUGGGGCUGGACUACUUGGACCUCUUUUUAAUUCACUGGCCGUUUGCUUUCGAAGAAACUGAAGAUCUAUUCCCGUUGAAUCCUGACGGGACAGCAGCUGGCACAAACACUGACUAUCUGGAUACCUGGAAGGGAAUGGAAGGCGUUUUUGACAAAGGACUGGCUAAAAAUAUCGGAAUCAGCAAUUUUAAUUCCGAGCAAAUCACUCGUUUGUUGGCCAACUGCAGAAUCAAGCCUGUUGUUAAUGAAGUCGAAUGUCAGCCGUACUUGACUCAAAAAAAAUUGUCAGCAUUCUGCAAAGAAAGAGGCAUGGUAAUUAUCGCUUAUAGCCCCUUAGGAACUCGCGACUCUCAUAUCCGCCCGUGGGCUAAACCAGGCGAUCCAUUUUUUUUAGAACAUCCAAAAAUAAAAAAUAUUGCUGAGAAGUAUAACAAAACACCAGCGCAAGUUGUUAUUCGCUAUCAGAUUGACCGUGGACAUGUAGUAAUUCCCAAAACAACAUCAAAGUCACGUCUUGUUGAAAAUUUUAAUGUAUUUGACUUAAAAUUAAGCGAUGAAGAUAUAGCAUGCAUUGACAAUUUUGAGUGCAAUGGAAGAUAUGGUAUACUUUCAAGGUGGUCAUCGUGUCCAAAUUAUUCAUUCAAUAUUCCUUUUUGACAUUAAUUGCAAUCAAUAUUGUUUUUCCCAAUUUUUUCAUCAAAAGGUCAUGGAAGAUUUUUUAUCAUCAAAGUGUAUAAUUAAAAAUAAA